GCACAACGUGCCACCUUGCACAACAGGCUAAUUGUGCAACUUCAAGGUAGACGGUUGUAGGCUACUACGCAGAAUUUUAUAAUUUGUCUCUACAGCUGGUGGCUGUUGUGUUCUGGCCAGAAACGGUCUCUUUAAAGAACAAUCCGCAAACAUGGGAGAGUGGGGAUUCCUGUCAUCGCUGCUGGACAAGGUGCAGUCACACUCCACGGUCGUGGGUAAAGUUUGGAUGACCGUCCUGUUUAUCUUUAGGAUCAUGGUCCUGGGUGCCGGGGCAGAGAAGGUGUGGAGCGAUGAGCAGUCUAAUAUGAAAUGCAAUACCAAACAGCCCGGCUGUAAGACCGUGUGCUACGACCACGCCUUCCCCAUCUCCCACAUCCGCUUCUGGGUCCUUCAGAUCAUCUUCGUCUCCACCCCAACUUUGGUGUAUCUGGGACAUGUCAUGCACGUCAUCCACAAGGAGAACAAACUGAGGCAACGGCUAAGUCAGGCAGGCAAGGAGAUGGGGAAAAUGCCUAAGUAUUCUGAUGAGAAGGGUCAUGUCAAAAUCAAAGGUGACUUGUUGGCCAGUUACAUGGUCAAUAUCUUCUUCAGGAUUUUGCUGGAGAUAGCAUUUAUAGUGGGUCAGUAUUACUUGUAUGGGUUUGUGCUGGACCCCAAGAUUGAAUGCAGCAGAGCUCCCUGUCCGUUCACUGUAGAAUGCUUCAUGUCACGACCAACAGAGAAGACCAUCUUCAUCAUCUUCAUGCUGGUGGUGGCGUGCGCAUCUCUGCUGUUGAAUGUGGUGGAGAUAUUCUAUCUGAUCUGCUCCAAGUGUGGUUCUGGCUCAAGAAGACGAGCCAAAGCAGUUCCAGCCAUCGCAAUCCACAGCUGUCUGGAUGGAGGCAGUAUGAUGCAGAAGGAGAAGAUGAGUCUUCAUGCAACUGGUCACAGCACAGCCUGAAGUCACUGAUCACCAAUCAACUAUUGUAAACACUAUUGACAUUUCUGUUGAUAUACAGAGGAAGAAUGCCACUAAAACUGUCAGCCCUACAAUAAUGCAGGGUCUUAAAGGCCCAGUAAAGUAAAAAAUGUGAAUUUCCUGUGUUUUAUAUGUAUUUUCACACUAUGAGGUUUGACUAAUGCAGUGAACUUGUGAGAAUAAUGAUAUGCCCUUUCAGUGUAAGCUGUUUGAAAUGGCUGCCUCAAAUUGGAGUUCGGAUGGAGUUUUGACCUUCCACAGUGACCUCACCAUGCGGUAAUUAGUUAAAUAGACCAAUAAGAAAGAGAGUUCCAAACAUCGCUAACAGCUAAUUUUCAGUUUUUCCCUCCCUACUCAGACCACACCCAGACAGUCCUAGCAAAAUUAUUGCUUGAGAAAUUGCUCUUUGCUCAUAAGUUAUUUUUGUUUCUUUUUGACCAUUUACAUUGAAAACAAUCACAGUAAGGUACCUCAUUGAAAUUAUUGAGAUAAAUAAAUAAUUAGAUAAAAACAAAUGCAUUGGACCGUUAAGAUUAUUUUUAGGCUUGGCUUGAUUCCGUACGUUAAUUUAUUUUAAUUUGACCUUUAUUUAACUAGGCCAGUCAGUUAAGAACAAAUUCUUAUUUUCAAUGACAGCCUAGGAACAGUUGAGGACAAGUAAGGGUUAAUACAAUACACUAGGUGGAGCAGGACUGAUGCAUUGAGCUUUGCAUCAUUGUCUUUUAUUUGUUCAUGAUGUGCACUAGGAGCAGCCUAAUUUUCAGCAGUCUUGCUGUCACUCCUCAGUGAGCUAGUCACCGCAGGGUCUUUCUCUAAUGAGGUGUGAACCUUGAUGUAAUUUGUAUUUAUUUUACCUUUAUUUAACUAGGCAAGUCAGUUAAGAACAAAUUCUUAUUUUCAAUGACAGCCUAGGAACAGUGGGUUAACUGCCUGUUCAGGGGCAGAACGACAGAUUUGUACCGUGUCAGCUCGGGGGCUUGAACUUGCAACCUUUCGGUUACUAGUCCAACGCUCUAAUCACUAGGCUACCCUGCCGAUUCAGCAUACAUUGUUUUGGUUAUUGAACCCACACUGUCCUAAAGUGACACAAAAAAUGGUUUCAGAAAAUAUUUGUAAUUUCAUCAUGUGAAUAUGUUAAUUUGAUUUUGUCCUUUAUUUAUGGUUUUAUAAAAUUAAAAAACUGUGAGCGUU